AUAUUUAUAAGUUUACCACAAAUAAUUUUAAUAAAUGAAAAAAGGAUUAGUUCGUCUGAGUGGUGGUUAUUUAUUAAGACAAUCGAAGUUAUUUAGAAUGAACAACAGUUUAGGAUAUAGAUUUUGUUCAGAGAAAUAAGAAAAGCAUGAAUUUAAGGCAGAAACAAAGAAAUUGCUUGAUAUAGUGGCUAAAUCAAUAUACACUGAUAAGGAUGUAUUCUUGAGAGAAUUGUUGUCGAAUGCUUCAGAUGCAUUGGAAAAGUAAAGAUUUUUGGCAACAUAAAAGGGAGAAUAAGUUCCAUCAGAUUUAGAGAUAAAGAUUGAAUUAGAUGAAUAGAAGAGAACAAUAACAAUAGAAGUAAAAUAAAGAUAUAUAAAAAAAGGAUUCAGGAAUAGGUAUGACGAAAUAAGAAAUGAUUGAUAAUCUUGGGACAAUAGCAAGAAGUGGAUCUAAAUAAUUUUUGGAUUAAGUUGGAACAUAAAUGAAUGAUAAGAUAAUAGGUUAAUUUGGAGUAGGAUUUUAUUCAUCAUUUAUUGUUGGAGAUACAGUUGAAGUAGUAAGUAAGAGUGAAAGAUCAGAUAAAACAUAUGUAUGGAUAUCAGAUGGCACUGGAACAUUUGAAAUAUCAGAAGCAAAGGAUUAUUUUUAAGGUAGAGGAACUAAAAUAACAAUACAUUUAAAACCAGAUUAAUCUAAUUUUAGUAAGAAAACAGAAGUGUUGAAAACAAUAUAAAGAUAUUCAAACUUCAUAAAUUAUCCAAUAAUAGUGAACGGAGAGAGAUAGAAUAUUGUAUCUGCAAUAUGGGUUAGAAAUAAGAAUGAAAUCACUCCAGAAGAUUAUAAUAAAUUUUAUGAAUACAUAUCUAAUUCUAAACUUGCUUACAAAUACAAACUUCAUUAUUCUACAGAUGCACCCUUAUCCAUUAAAGCCUUAUUGUAUAUUCCAUAAACACAUAUGGAGAAGUAUUAAAUUUGUGUUAUUUGUAAUGUAGAUAUGGAAUGUAAAUGGAAGACUUCGAUAUUAGUCUCUACUGUAAAAAGAUCUUGAUAAAGAAGAAUUGUAGAGAAUUGUUGCCACAUUUUCUUAGAUUUGUUAAAGGUGUUGUGGAUUGUGAGGAUCUCCCUUUGAAUAUCUCAAGAGAAGGAUAUUAAGAUUCAGCUUUGAUUGCUAAACUUAAAUCUGUAGUAGCUAAGAGAGUCAUUAAAGAAAUUGAAUCUGAAGCUAAUAGAGAUCCAGCUAAUUAUCUAUCUUGGUAUCAUGAUUUCUAAAAUUUCAUUAAAGAAGGAGUUGCUAUGGAUGAUGAACAUAGAGAUUAAAUGACUAAAUUAUUAAGAUUCUAAACUAAUAAAUCAGAAGAUUUCAUUUCCUUAGAUGAUUAUAUUUCUAAAUUACCUUAAGGAGUCAAUAACAUUUAUUAUUAUCUUGCUCCAACUAGAUAAUAAGCCUUAACAUCACCAUAUAUGGAACCUUUUAUUAAUUCAGAAAUCCCAGUCAUCUUAACUAUGAAUCAUAUGGAUGAAGUAGUAUUUAAAUAAAUUAAUGAAUAUUCAUCCAAAAAAUUUGUUAAUAUUGAAAGUGAUUAAGCUGAAGUUGAUAAGGUUGCUUAAAAAUCUACUACUGAUGAAAAUAAUAAUUAAAAAGAAGAAAUUAAUGUUGAAACUAAUAUACCAAAUGAUGAAAUCACUCCAUUUUGUUUAUGGUUAAAAAAUGAAUUAAAUCCUAUUAUCUCCUAAGUCUAAGUUUCAAAAAGAUUAAAAACUUCUCCAGCUAUUAUUGUUUCUGCUAUCUCUUCAGGAAUGAGAUAAGUCAUGCAUGCCAUGGGAUAAUCAACUGUAUUAUUUUAUUUAUUAUCAAACUCAUCUAGGAUGACUUAAAAAAUUUAACCCUUGAAAUUAAUGUACAUAAUCCAAUCAUUGUUAAUUUAAAUAAAGUCAGAAAAUCUAAUCGAAUUAUUGCAUCCUUAGCAAGUAAAUAAAUCUUAGAUGGUUGUCUCUUAUCAUCUGGACUUUUAAGAGAUCCUAAAGAAGUUGUGGAAAGAUAACACAAAAUCUUAAAUGUCCUACUGACUUCAGAAAUGUAUAAUAUAUACAUAAAUAUUAUAGAAAUACACCUAUUGUUGAAGAAGUUGGAGCAUAUAGAGAAGAAGCUCUUAAACAAAAAGACAACAAUACAUAAAAAAAUGAUUUAGAAACUGAAAUAAUUAUUGAUAGUGAUGGUAAUCCUUAAGUUGUUAAAAAAAAUAAAAAAUGA